GCGACUUUACCACCCACGAUAUGUCCGAACAAUAUAAAGUGAUACAGGAGCCAUGUCAACGGUGAGAAGUGUACGGACGGACAAAGAAAAAUGGAUAAAAAGUACAAAGAAUGAAUACGGUGCAAAUAAAUGUAAGAAGAGUUCAAAUCGGAAAACAAGAUGGCGUCGCACGAGACGGAACGCAAGAUGGCGACUGAGCACAAAAUGGCUGAUACCUUUGAUCGUUUUAAAUGUUGGCGGGCAGAGCAACGCUGUUGAGAUUCUAACCAGCAGCGUCUUGGCCUCGAUCCUCGGGUACCCGUCGACUUGCAUCCUCGGUUCCGAGGUCAGACCUUGCACGUUGACUCUUACGUGCUGGCUCCGAGGCGGCACCGGGGUCCGGGGCUGUGGAAGCGGCUGGCUGUUCUCUUGCUGCGCGUCCGUUGAAGCACCUGGAACCAAUAAUAUCGACAACAGUAUACAGUCCUCGGAUUGGAAGUACAAAGUUUCCCCUCCGAAGCUCCGCCAAGUGCCUCAACGAAGCGUCGUACCAACAAAUGUCUUCAGAAGGAGAGUAGACGAUGACGCUACCCAGAUGGACUGCGGUCUACCUUCAUCAAGAAUACUACAGAAGAGGAUCAUAGGAGGACGCGAAGCGAGGUUUGCCGAGUUCCCGUGGCAGGCUCACGUCAGGAUAUCCGAAUUUCAAUGUGGAGGAGUUUUGGUGUCCCGUUGGUACGUGGCGACGGCGGCUCACUGCGUAUCGAGAGCGCGGCCGCGUGACAUCGUUGUAUGGCUCGGAGCACUCGACACCACGGCUGGCGACGAGACUGCACGGAAACUUGGGGUCGUUCGGAAGAUCCUCCAUCCUCUGUUUCAAUUCCGGAUAACCCAACCGGACCGCUACGACAUAGCUUUGCUAAAGCUCUCCCAGCCCGUCACGUACAUGUCGCAUAUCCUGCCCAUUUGCCUGCCUGAUCACGACCUGCAACUGAAAGGCAAGUCGGGAGUUAUCGCAGGAUGGGGAAAAACGGACACGAGUAAUGGCCACACCGGAACGAAUCUGUUAAGAUCUGCCACCGUGCCUAUACUGAGCAAAGAGCAGUGCAUCAGCUGGCACCAGAGCAAGCAGAUAUCAGUCGAGAUACAUUCAGAGAUGAUAUGCGCCGGGCAUUCUGAUGGACACCAAGACGCAUGUUUAGGUGACUCAGGCGGACCCCUCAUAGUCCUCGACAACGGAAGGUAUUACCUUGUGGGGAUCACUUCGGCGGGCUUCGGCUGCGGUGUGGACCAUCAGCCCGGCAUCUACCACAACGUCAAAGUGACAGCCAACUGGAUACGAGGAGUUAUAGCCUCGAUCAACUACAUUGACUUCUGAUUGAUGCGGCACCUACAGAAGUCCAACUUCUACUUCUGUUCUGUCGUGAAGCAAUCGUUCAUUGUGGCUUCAGGGUGGACACAAAAGAUGUUGAUAAGAUAUGACGCGUAAUUUCUUAUUGUGGACAAAUAUUGAUAUACACUCUUUGUAUACGAUCAGAACAUUCUCAUGUAUGCUCUUAAAUACAAGAUUUCUUUUUAUUAUUGUGAGAGCUAU